AGGGGUUUCCCAUGGAGACAGUAGCUAGCGGUUCCGUUAGUUGUUCCUGACUCCAGCUGCGGACACAAUCUGUGGAUGUUUGACCGCUGUGAACCAACAUUAAACCUCCGCUGCGACGUGAGCUUCUUUCCACGGCGGCGCGUCUACCUUAAAGUUCGGACUAUGAGCGCACUGCAUUCGUUUUUUCUCGCCUUCUCUGUUGACGGAGGAAGAAGCAGCGACUAAUGACGGAGACGCCAGACACGUGAAAACCAGGCGGCCGCUGCUGAGGAUGGCGUCCAGGAGAGCCGCCCCCCCCGACGGCGGCUACGGCUGGGUGGUGGUGGCGUCGGCCUUUUUCAUCAUGGGCCUCACCGCCGCCGUCCUCAAGAACUUCGGCCUCUUCUUCCUGGACAUCCAGAGUCACUUCGGAGUCCUGAGCAGCACCGCGUCCUGGGUCACCUCCACCACCAUCGCCACGUUCCACCUCGGCGCUCCUCUGGCCAGUGCGCUGACCUUGCGGUUCUCCCAGAGGGCGGUCAUCGUGGCUGGGGGCCUGCUCUCGGCCUCUGGGAUGCUGCUGGCGUCCCUGGACCUCGGCCUGCCCUGCCUCUACCUCACCAUGGGCGUCCUGCAAGGAACUGGCAUCUCCCUGGCGUGGAUCCCCGCCAGCAGCAUGGUGAGCCACUACUUCGCCCACUGGCGCCCCAUGGCCUACGCCGUGGCCAGCUGCGGGGAGUGUGUGUUCGCCGUGGCGUUCAGCCCCUUCUUCCAGUGGCUCAUCGAGCGCUACGGCUGGCAGGGCGCGCUGCUCGUCAUCGGCGGCCUGCAGCUCAACCUGUGCGUGUGCGGCGCCCUCAUGAGGCCGCUGGAGGGCGUGCGGGGCGCGGCGGCCGCGCCGCGGGGCGCGCCCGCGUCCCUGUGCUCGCUGCUGAGGACGCCGGAGCUCCUCCUCUACAUCCUGUUCGCCGUCUUCGCCGCGGCGGGCUUUUUCGUGCCCCCUCUCUUUCUGGUGCCCUUCGCCCACAGCCUGGGCAUGGACCGCUACCGGCCGGCCUCCGUGCUGUCUGCCGUGGCGCUGGCGGACCUGGCUGGGAGGCUGGUGUGCGGGUGGGUGGCCAACAUGAAGCUGGUGCGGAGCCUGCAGCUGCUCACCGUGCUGGUGGCUCUGCUCGGCGUGGUGCUGCUGCUGCUGCCCGUCGGCCACGGCUACUGGAGCGUGGUGGUCCUGGCCUCGCUCUACGGCUUCCUGUUCGGCUGCGUGGCGGCCAUUCACGUCACCUCCAUCGUGGACAUCGUGGAGCUGGAGGGUUUCGACAGCGCGCUGGGGCUCUUCAUGAUGUUCAGGAGCAUCGGCGGCUUCGUGGGUCUGCCCGCUGCAGGCUGGCUGGUGGACGAGACCGACGACUACAGCGCCGCCUUCUACCUCUCGGGCCUGUGCCUCAUUUCCUCAGUGCUGUUCGUCGUCCUGGUCGACCGUCUCCUCCAGAGGAGAAAAGCCAAGGAGGCGGCCGGCCGACAGGACUGGGUGAGCGGGAAGGAGGCACUGCCCCACAAACAUUUCACCUGGGUUACUACAGGACAGACUCGCUCGCUCACCUGUCCGGGGUCAGAUCAGCUGUAGUCUGAAGCAGGUUUGAUUUGAGCCAGGUUCAGGGUCAACGGUUCCACAACAGUGGCAAAGCGUCAUCUGUGUUAUUCAGGUUUAGUUACAAAAGAUUUUAGCAAACAACCACUAUGAGGAGUAAGUUAUUACAUGAAAUGAUCCUCUUAGUAAAAACUUUUUAAAAUGUAAAGUUUCCCUUUAAUUUCUUUUCCGUUUAACUUGCUUGACUGAGUUGAAUCAUAUUUGAUGUUGUAUCAUUUGUAGCACCACUAGAAUUGUUUGCAACAGAUGCCUUUUGAAGAUGUACAAGAGCAAAUGGAAAGCACAUUUUGCACAGUUAUUUUUCAGGGAUUUUCCAGAAUAAAUCUACCUCUAGUUGGAAGGAUUUAAGUACAGCUGUGUUUUAGAUGGAGCCUCAUAUUUUUUUGCUGCUGCAGUGGUUCAUUCAUUGUUCAUUGUAACGAACCCACACUCUUGUUUAAACAAAGAAAAACGAACAGAAGUUCAUGUUUUGUCAACAAGUCCCAUGAAAAGACUGGACUGUGUGGAGGGAUUCAUCUUUACCUCAAGGGCUUUGCCAUUAAUACAGAAGACGUAUGACGUGUUGGGCUGACUGGAACAGAGCAGCUUAGUAGCAACAGACUCAGAUUCAGUGUAAACACUGGAGCACAGAUGAUCUAAUCUUUAAUACACGUUGGGAAUCAGAAUCGUUAACUACCUCCCGGUCCAUAAACUCACCCACUGCAUCAGUGUUUAUGUAUAAAAGACUUGUAUAUAUAAAAGAUGUGCAAUAUUUGUGCAAACUCUGUGCAAUAUCUAGACUUAUAUAUGCAAUAACCCCUCCCAGUACUCCACUCUACCCACCUGUAUAUUGUUGUACUAUGUUAAUUCUUGUUGCUGUAUUUUUUUUUUGGCUGGUGUAUUUCUGUAUCGUGCUGUGACGCAGUUUCCCCACUGUGGGACUAUUAAAGGUUUUCUUAUUAUUCUCA